GUCCUCUCGUUUGGAGGAAAGAACAUCAAUCAUCAAUAUUCUCUCUCUCUUGUUUUUCUUUUUCACUACGAAGUGUGCUUCAUUCCUCAGGCAAGGCUUCCGAUCGAGGAGAAAUGUAUUUCUCCAACGCGAAUUUUGUCUCUAGCUCUACCAUUCCGGCUGCCGUUCUUCCACUUCCUUCUCGAAAUUAUGCGUGUUUCAGGAUGUCUCACCGGAAAAUUCAUCGGAGUUUGCUUUCUAGUUCAGUGUUGGAGUUUAUGGCGGGAAGAAAUCUCAGAGUUCUGUCGAAUUCGAGUAAUCGCGAGAGUAGCGACACUUCGACUGAUUUUGACGUUCCGUUUCCACGAGAUUAUUUUGAUCUUCUUGAUCAGGCGAAAAAAGCAACUGAAGCGGCUUUAAGAGACAACAAACAGUUGAUGGAGAUUGAAUUUCCAACUGCUGGACUCGAAUCAGUUCCAGGUGAUGGCGAAGGAGGAAUCGAAAUGACUGAGAGUAUGCAAUUGAUUCGCCAAUUUUGUGACUGCUUCAUAGAUCCACUGAAAGCCACCAGGACCAGAGUAUUCUUUCCAGAGGCCAACGAAGUAAAAUUUGCAAGAAAUACAGCAUUUGAGGGAGCUUCGUUCAAGUUGGACUAUCUCACGAAACCAUCAUUCUUUGAGGAUUUUGGUUUUGUUGAGAAAGUGAAAAUGGCAGACCGUGUGAAACCAGAAGAUGAACUUUUUCUGGUUGCAUAUCCAUAUUUCAAUGUCAAUGAAAUGCUUGUGGUUGAAGAGCUUUACAAGGAAGCUGUCGCAAACACUGCACGAAAGCUCAUAAUCUUUAAUGGAGAGCUCGACCGCAUUAGAUCCGGCUAUUAUCCGCCAUUUUUCUACCCGAAGCUGGCGGCACUUACGAAGACUCUCUUCCCCAAGAUGGAGACUGUAUAUUACAUCCACAACUUCAAGGGACAGAAAGGAGGAGUUCUUUUCAGGUGCUACCCAGGUCCUUGGAAAGUCCUUAGAAAAGUGAGGAAUAAAUUCGUCUGUGUUCAUCAGCAACAGGACAUGCCUUCUCUCAAGGAAGUCGCUUUAAACAUUCUUCCAUCAUCUUGAGGUCUUAUUAGUCGAUAUUACCCUUCAUUUUCAUGCCAAGAGGAUCAUUUGUUUGCUAGCAUCGAAGUCUUUUCUGGUAAA